GUGUGUGCGGCAAAAGCUUUUUAUUGUGUUCCUUUUUAACUCGUCAGCGUCUGAAUCGUUGAUGUGUCCCUUUUCCAUUGUUGACGUUUGUUGCUCGCAGAAACGGGAAAUGGACCAUUAUCAUUUCCACAUCGAGAUUGUGGAGAAAACUGCGGACCAACUCGCAACGAAUGCCGAACUACUGAAAGACUGCGAUGCCAUCCUCGUUCCAUUCGCGGCCAAGUUCAUGGAGGACGAGAGGUUGGUCAGUCUUAACAAGCACGUCAAGAGCAUGGGCUUGGGCACCUACCUUGUUCAGGAGCACGGCAAGAGCCAGUGCGGCAACAGGGUGACAAUCGUGCUGCCGGACACGGAAGGGAACGGUGGCCGCGUCGAGUGCACCUGCAGAGCCCCUACCAGGUUCCACCUCCUGUGCCAGGACGCCAUCGCGGUGUUGAAAUGUAAGCCUCCUCCAUCGGGUUGA